UCGUAAACUGGGUCACAGCAGUCGGUGUGUUUUAAUCCACAAAACAUCAACGAGAAUGGCUGAGGAGGAAUUGCAACAGCAGCAGCAGCAGCUGCUGCAGCCCGGAAGAUCACAGGCUGAGACACUGACCGAGGAGCAGAUCGAGGAACUGCGGGAAGCGUUUUCCCUUUUCGACACGAACGGGGACGGAACAAUCACCAGCUCGGAGCUGGGUAUGGUGCUGCGAGCACUUGGAAAAAAUGUCUCGAACGCCGAGGUGGAGAUACUGAUGAACGAGAUUAGCAAGGAUCACGAGGGGAAGAUAAUUUUCGCGGACUUUGCCCGGAUGAUGACGCACCGAAUGAAGGAUUUCGACAAUGAGGAUCAACUGAAGGAAGCAUUUCGGAUUUUCGAUCGGGACGGAAACGGAUUGAUUUCGGCUGAGGAGCUUCGAGCCGCUCUAAAGUCAUUCGGAGAACAGCUGGCUGAAGAGGAAAUCGACGAGAUGCUGAGGGAGGCCGACGUCAAUUGCGACGGGCAAAUUGAUUACCAAGAAUUUGUGAGAAUGAUAUUGGAUAAAUAAAUCGGUGUGAAGAUUUAAACAUUAAA